AGAUUGCAGAAAAUGUUUUUCAUAUGUAUUGGUACAAUUAUAUAAUGCCAUCAUCAUCAGCAGCACUACUAUGCCUAUCAGCUGUAAUUAAUCUGAGUUCAACUGCAGUUCCACAGAUCUUUUACUAAAUAAUGUUGUUAAAACCUGAUAAAGCUGUUGAAUCGGUUAUUUAUUUAGUUUUAAGAUCAGGACAUAAUAAAUUAAUUAUGUAGUUCACGAAAGAUGAGUAGAAAGGCGUGGUAUUUGACAGAUAGCUUAUUUAGGACUAAUUAAGCAAAACUGCAAAUGCAGUGUGUCAAAACAAAAACAUUUAAUGAUUCAAUAAUUGAAUGAAUUGGAAACAGCAGGUUAAAUAACAAUUUAUAAUUAAAAUGUAUUUGUUAAGGUAAAUGCAGAAAAUAAGAAAAGGAGAAGGAUUUAUUUUGAGGGAUUAUCGUGGAAAGUGUAAACAUAAAAACAAGGCUGGGGUUUGCAAAAAUAAACCUACAAUCAGAUCUUUGAGUAAAAGGUUAUUUAUUAGAAAUCAGAAUGUGAAGAGAUUUUAUUGAAGAAACUUGUAGGGUGUGUUGUUUCUGUAGAUAAAAUUGAGGUCGAGCUAAACAUGAACUCGAUAACCCCGUCGGCAAGCAGCAUUUAGGCGGAACUAAAACACUGGGCACAGGUUUCCUUCAGAGCCUCUCAAACUUAACGGACAAACGGAAGUGGUCUUAAAUUUGAACAACCAUCACAGCGACAAUAACCGCGCAUUUAACGCUACGGCACAAACUAACAGUCGGGGUUAAAGGUGAAAGCAGCAGAAUGGAAGAGGAGUCAACAGAAACUGAGAUGGGCCGAGGUACUGUGAAAUCUGAUGGGGAGAGAAACUCUGGCAUGUCAAGUUCUAAAAAUGGAUCAAAAACAGGACAUUCUGUUAGGAGACCAGGAAGGCCGAAAAAGUCCGUCACAGCUGAGAAGGUUGUCACUCAAGAGUUGGUGAACAGCGGUUCUGCUACAUCUAGAAGAGGACGCCCAAAAGGAUCAAUAAAGCGCAAUGCUAUGGAGGAAUUGACCAUAACUGAGGUGGGACGAGGAGAUACUGUGAAAACUGAUGAAGAGAGCAACGUGGACAUGUCCACUAACCUUCCAAUUAAAAGAGGAAGGGGGAGGCCGCAGGGUUCUAAGGAGUUAAAGGUCUAUGUUACAGACCUUAACCUCGCAGAACCCCAACGAGGAAUUAAGACACACACCAGUACUGAAGACAUUUCAAAAAAGGGACAAUCUGUUAAAAAACCAGGAAGACCAAAAAAGUCUGUCACAGCUGAGAAGGCUAUCGACGAAGAGUUGAUGGACAGGGGCUCUGAUGCACCCUGCACAAAGGAGUCAGUAAAGCGCAAGUCAGAAAGUUUAACAAGUGGAGAGAAAGAGGGUGGUCCUGAACCACCCCGGAAAAGAGGUCGACCAAAAGGUUCUCCCAAUAAGAAACCAAAGGCAACAUGGGAUGAAUCAAAUGGCCUCUCAGACACUCUGAGAAGAGGAAGAGGUGCGCCCAGGAAAAGUAUUGAACAGAGGCCUGUCGAACAGGAACUGGUUACAGGUGGCUCCCAGCCAGGAAAGAGGGGAAGAGGUCGGCCUAAGGGCUCUUUAAACAAAGUGCACAGUAAUGUAGGGCAGCUCCAGAAGGACUCAGGUUUCCUUGUGAAAGGGAGGAAGCGUGGUCGACCAAGACAGAAACCAGGAAAAAGGGGAAGACCAAGGAAAUACCCUCUGCCGUCCUCGGAGGAACUGAAGAAGCCCAAAGUCUGGAAGCCCCUUGGGCGGCCGAGAAAAUACCCUCGUGCCGAGCCACCAGAGGGGGCACAGCUGGCCCCUCGGAGGAGCCGCGGUCGGCCCCGCAAGUCAGAGGUGAAAAAAGGUGCUCACUUGCGCAAAACCAUUCCAACAACUCCAUCCACACCACGAAGCCUCGCUGAUGGGCUUAAGAGAAAAAGGGGCCGUCCCCCAACUGCUGCAAAAAGUGAAGGUGCCACUCCGCAGAAAAGGGGCCGCCCAAAAGGUUCGCUCAACAAAAAUAAAACCAGAAGUGACGGCUCACUCCCUAACCAUUCAGCAGCGGAGAGGGUUUCGCCCGCAGUCGAGUUGGAAAGUGGCGUUGCGGUGUUGCUCGAAGCGGACUAGAGACCCUGUCAAGUCGGCUUAAUGAAGUCAAACCAAAAACAUUUGGUGUAGUAAUUUCUCUUGAAGCAUAGAGUAAAAUCUCGUCAAUGACAUGUUUUUUAUUUUAUUACAUUUGGUCAGUUUGCUAGGUUAUAUUUUCAGCAGAUGUUCUCGUCUUUUUUCUGACUAACUUUUGACUAAAUUUUGCUUUUAUUGUGCUUGUUGAGUAAUCGGAAAACCCUUUCUUUGGAGCUCUGGGAGUAAAUAUAGACAUGUUCUGUUUUAAAUCCUCGUUCAGAUGUCGUGUUCCACGUUUUAGUUGUUUCAAUGAAAUGGUUUGUUAGAAAGAAUUUGAUUAACUCAUUCACUGCCAGCUGUUUCCUGAUCGCUAAAGGCCUUCGCUUCGACUUAAGUCGUCAAUGGCAUUGAAUGAGUUAAAACAGCUUCUAUUUAGUUUAUUUAAGAAUGUUUAAUGCCCUUGACUAAACAAUGCAGUUGUAACAAUGAUUUUAAGUCUGUUUUUGACAUGGAAUUAUCUUGUUCAGAGUGAAUCCAUGUGACCGUAUCAAUGCUGAAGAAUUACAUAGACGAGCAGUAAUUUCCACAGUAAUUUUACUUCCACGAUAAAGCCUUUUAAUCCACUCAUCAUUGUGAUGGAGAAAAGAUGCAGAAAAGUUGCACGAGAUUCAAAUCUGCAACAUAAUUUUGAAUUAAUUUAAUAGCAUUUUUGUCUUUAAUUUAAACUUGAAAUACUGACAGAUUAAGAAAAUGACUUCCUGUUUCACCCAGACAGUAAUUCUCUAAAGUAGAUGAAAGCUAAAUGAUAUUCUUCACUUUGUGGAUUUAUGUUUUGCCUUAUUGUUAGAGCGAUGAAUGUAAACUCAUUCCUGAUCAUAAACUGAUAAAGUGCUCCACUUUGUGCCAUUUUUCUUGUGGGAGGUGUCUUUAGUCACUGCUGUUUACAUGUUGCUGUCAUUUAGUUAAUAUUUUAUAGCCGUGAGAAGAUUUUUAUGUUGAGAUGAAAAGUAGUGUGAUAUCAGAACGUUGUUUUAAGCCGUUUGUGUAAUGUUCAGUUAUUGCCUGAUAUUAAAAGUUAUGUUGAUUAAAGAAGUGAGAAAAAUGUGAAUUUGUCCCAGCUUUUAAAAAAAUCAACUUUAAAUUGGCAUUUGCAGUUUCAGUAAGAAUCAAAUUUGUGAGGCUGUAUUUGAAUUUAAAUUAAAAAAGUUCAUCUUACAGUUGAA